AUGCCCGCCAACGACGGCAUCGAAGUCCGUGGCACCAAAGGCGGCGCCAAGGGCGGCCGCUCCAUCCACGCAACUCGACGCUUCAAGCCUGGCGACGUCAUCGCCCGCUUUGACAACCCCGCGGUUGUCCUCCCGCCGGGCCACCGCGCGCUCGAGUACUGCAACCAUUGUCUGAAGAAGCAGCGGCCGGCUGGCGUGAAGCUUCGAGCCUGCACCGGGUGCAAAACGGUGGCCUACUGUGGCCCAGCUUGCCAGCGGGCCAACUGGUCACUGGUACACAAGCUCGAGUGUAAGGCCAUCCAGCGGCUGCACGAGGCCAAGCCGGCGCAUCAGCCGGACUGGGUGCCAACACCGAUCCGCGCAGCCGCGCAGGUCAUGCUCCGACCGCAGGUGCUGGCGCGGUUUGAGGAGCUGGAGGGGCAUGUCGAGCAAUGGAGGAAGAAGGAUGGAACCGACCUGCAGCUCCAGUCGCAUGGUGUUGUGAAGUGUCUUGGAUUGGACACCGUCACAUUUGAGAGAUUAGAGACGGCUUUCCAGGUUCUGUGCAAGCUUCAGACCAAUGCCUUCAGCAGAACGGAGGAAUACUACGAGACUGGUGGUGUAUUCUUAGACACUACUUUGGCCAUGAUCAAUCACUCAUGCGUGCCUAAUGCGCUGGUCCAAUUCGGCGGGAGAACGGCCACGCUCCGUGCCACAUCAUUUCUUGACCCUGGCGAUGAGAUUGAAAUAUCCUACAUUGAUCAAACCCAGCCCAGGGGUAAGAGACACGGCGAGCUCGACCUCUACCACUUCGAGUGCUCGUGUUACAAAUGCCAGAAGGACUUAGACGAGUACCAAGUCGCAAUGGCAGACCCGACCAUUGAGCUGAACGCGCUUAGUGUUAUGGCUGAUAUCGAGAGAUUUAAGAACCCUCCUGGAGGCGGCAACCUUGACCCGCAACAGGGAAUGGAAGUAUUGAAGCUUCAUAGGAUCUUCCAUGCGCUCCACCGCGAUAUGAAGUCCAACGAGAAGCACGAAUGGUUGAGAAAGGCGUACAAGACAGCCUCAUGGUUUCCCAAAGUCGGGAAGUACGCUAUUGAGCCGUUCGCGCAGGUUGUGGAGGAGGCCGCCUCUUACUACGGCAAGGAUUGCAACAACCACGAGUGCGCAUUGGCAGUCGCGAGCUUGUCGGCCUACGAGAUCGAGCCGUACAAGCACAUUGCCCCGUUCCACUCCCAGAGACUCAAGGGCUUGUCCGCCAUCGCGAUCGCUCUUUCCAACACUGCACCCAACCCCGCCAAACUCAUGAAGCUCGCCCGGGACAUGGUCGCGACGAAGAAGUUUACGAAAUCGGGGCUCAAAGUGCUUGAAAACCUAGACCAGGUCUCCUUGUGCCAAAUGGUCCUUGCGAUCAUCGAUAUGUAUAGCCCUCAAGCGCCAUCAGCCGAUUGGGAGGUUGUGGUCUUGGCCAAUGAGAUGUUGAGUGACAUCGGAAGUCUCCCAGGCCGGGAAAGGGAGAAUGCCUUGAUUAACGCUUGGAGAAAGGACCCGAAAGGCAUGGAAGAGUUCUUCCGAUAUGGUUUGGUCGAGCCGAUCAGAACCUUGUCUGAGCUCGGGAAAGUCGUAUUAGAAGUAGACCUGGCCCAGGACCGAGACCUGUCCGCCAAAUGA